AUGGCUGUGCCGCCCGCGACGCCCGCCCCGAGGAACGCAUACACGGCUCACGCGCGGACAUCGUCAAACCUCACACAGUCCGACGGCGAGUAUGUGCUGAGCCCUCCAAGGGCCGCCGGCGCCGCCGGCGCGGCGCCCAACGACCUCACAGCAGCCAAGGCCCGCGGCGCAGAGCGUCGCCCCCGGUGGCUCAAGCAGAUCAAGAACUGGGUCUCGGUCACGGAGCCGUCGGCGCAGGCGAUGAAGAAUCAGAAGCGCACCGCGUACAAGAAGCACGGCAUCGACCGCAACGACCCCCAGGCGGCGGAGAAGAUGCACCUCCCAAUCGGCAAGGUGCCCGAUGGCGUCACGACCUCGACUCGCGGACCCAGACCGGAGAAGGCUCUGAAGCAGAGGGCCAAGGAAAACGCGGAGCGGCAGCUGUACACAGGCCGGAGCGGCUCCCAGUCGGCGUCGAGCGGCAUAUCCUCGAGCGCGAGCACCAGGGAGGCGAGGCAGAUUGCUCCGUGGCUGUGA